AUGGCUUGCAGUGCAGCCCGUGGAACCACGUCCGCCUUGGUGCAGUAUGCCAAGCUCUUGCGCGACCAACUGCCAGCAGGAUCUGCAGAGUCCAACGCCACUGAAGCUUUCUUCCCUAUGUACACAGUUCGCGCAAAUGUUCUGCUGGAGAUGGCCGAGGUCGUGCCGCACGAACAGUUGAAGACAGCCAAGCUCUUGGUCGAAUUCGACGAAAGCUUGGGCAACGCCGCAUUUGUUUCGCACGAGUGGGUGGGACACCAUCAUCCGGAUCCAGAGGGAAAGCAGCUCCGAGUUUUACAGGAUGCACUGAAGCACAUGCUUUCUAAUUUGCAGCAAAUCCCUUUGGAUGCCUUCACGGAGUUUUACUUUCCGAGUGCGCAGCCGCUCCCUGCAUCCCACCUACGUGUGGCGCCUCUUUACAUCUGGUACGACUAUUUCUCUUGUCCGCAACUGGAGUUCCCAAUCCUGGGCACUGGGCCGGAAAGUCCAAGACCCAAUCUUGCCAAAGCCGUUGACAGCAUCCCGGCAUACAUCGCGAGGUGCAAGUUCUUCUUCGCUCUUUGCCCUGUUGUGGAAACCAGCCCGCUUGGUAAAGUGUUUACCACGUUUUCUUGGAACGAUCGAGCAUGGUGCCGCACGGAAAGAGUCCUGAGAGAACUGACGCCGAACGAUCCCUGGAUUAUCAUGAUCAAGAGCAGCACGGAGUUGGAAUUGACAUCCUCCUUUGCCCCUUUUUUCGUGGUGCAGCCGGCGGGCGAAGGCCAUUUCACGGACGACAAAGAUCGCAUGAAGCUUGCUCCAGUUUUUCAGCGUGCACUUCUGUGCAAGAUGAAGCUCCUUCUCAAGAGCCUGGAUGUUGUCGGCUAUCGGUUUCUGCUGAACAAGCAAAAUGUCUACUUGAGAGGUUUCGAUGCAUCCGCAGUGUAUGAUUUGGUGCCCGGCUUUACACCAGACCCCGUCUUGGGGACCGAUACAGCGGCCUGUGCCGCACAACAGUUCCUUUUCCAGAAUGGCUUUACAACGAUUGACCAGUUCAGUGGCGGAUGGUCAGCACUGCACUUCGCAGCCCUGCGUGGAGAUCCGCUCGUGAUCCAGGGCCUGCUGCAGCUGCGGGCGAACGUAGAUCGCUGGACUCGACGGAGCCAACCGAUCACAGGAGUACCAGCUGGAUGCAAUGCGCUCGGUAUCUGCAGCUUCUUCAAGCACCACGACUGCAUGCGCUUGUUGAUUACCGCAAGAGCCCCAGUCGACUCGGGUCUUCAUCCGGUCCUUGCAGGACCAGCUGUCGCAGACGAUCCCGAAGCAAUCCGAAUUCUGUGUGCAGCUGGUGGCCGAGUCUUCAAGGUCAGUCUCUUAGGAGACGCCUCGUUCGACUACAGUACCGCCUUUGGAACAAUGGCAGCACUGGAAGAACUUGUCACCCAAGCUGGGACCAAGAUAGAGUUACGCCAAAUAAGCUUGAACAGGUCGUUGUACGUGGCAUCAGCAGGUCGAGGAGGUAGUGCAGAGGUUAUUAUGCGCUUGAUCGAACUGAGAGCUGAUCUCAAUGCAACCCUUCGGCCAAACAAGCCUUUGCGCGCCUUUUUCGCAACCUUGGGGCUUCAAUAUCAGCUUGGCAAGAGAACGUUGAUGACGAGGUGGGGAUACCAUUAUGGAGGUCAGACGCCGUUAAUGGCAGCUGUGAUGUCAGGUCAGUUCGAAGGUGCUGCCGCCCUUAUUGCUGCGGGAGCACGACUAGAUCUGCGCAACUGUCGCAAAUGGACUGCGGCGGACUUUGCCAGAGGACAUUCAGUUCCAGACUUUUUAACAGAGGCUUUGUUUCAUGGACAGCCCGAAGGCUGCCUCAGAGUGACAGCUUCGGCACUUGCAAAUGCUCGCCUCGAGCUGUAG